AUAUUUCUCAAGUUUUUUUUUCUUUCUAUUUGCUUCUUCCUUCAUCACUUCUAGCAUUAAAUUAUUAACCAUCGGAUCGAUGUUCAUUUUCUGUUGAACUUAGAUCCGAUGGUAUACUAAAGCGUACCUUCAUUUAACCCUAUUUUUUGAUAAGUUUCCAAAUACCUGAAUAUCAAGUGUAACUCGUACCAAUCUGUCUUCUAGCCACUAAAGCUUUGAGAAGGUGUAUACUACCUAAAAGCUUAACAAGGCAACCAACAUAAUAUAGCAAUUGAGAGUGGGACAGUCUGAUUCCAACCAGAGGCGAUAAAACCCUAAUUUUAUCGUACAGACAGUCUGAUUCCACUCAGAGGUGAUAAAACCCUAAUUUUAUAUCGUACAAACAGUCUGAUUCCACCCAGAGGCGAUAAAACCCUAAUUUCAUCUUGUACUACUAGACAUUGUUGUUACUCCAAGGGCAUAAGGCGAUUCUUUCACGACCUGAAAUGGAUAAGGUACAAAGAAUGGCAUCAGAGCACGGGGUCGUGAUCUUUAGCAAGAGCACGUGUUGUUUAUGUUACGCGGUCACUAUAUUAUUUCGCGAUCUCGGUGUUGAUCCUUACGUACAUGAACUUGAUCACGAUAAUGAUGGAAAGGAUAUGGAAAAGGCUCUUAUGAGAAUGGGUUGUAAUGCGUCAGUGCCAGCAGUAUUUAUAGGAGGGAAAUUAGUUGGAUCAACAAAUGAAGUUAUGUCACUUCACCUUAAAGGAUCCCUAAUUCAACUCCUCAAACCUUAUCUACCUGAUUAAAAUAAAAUAAAUCGAGAAUUGAAGAGAGAAAUUACUCGUCUUUCUAUGAAUUAGGUGAAAAUUACAAGGUAUAAUAAUAAAAAUAUACGAACAAAUAAAUUUUAAUGGCUCGAUCGACUUACACUUGUCAUGUAGAUCAAGGCCAUUUUGUAGUAUAUGAAUGUUGUAAUAGCUAGUAGUUAUGAUUAUAAUUUAUAUAUAUAUGUACUUUGUGAGA